AUGAAGGAGUUAGCAAAUCCUGUAAAUCCCACGAUCUCUUGUGCUAUCCGAAAAUUGUCGAUUGAUUUAGAAGAGAAAGCAUGGAAGGUAGAAGAAAUGCAAUGCAAGCGACCAGCCUACAACAACUCAAAAGCUUCUAUGCAGACAGUGCAUUAUUCGCGAAUGGAUUAUUUUGAGGACGAAUGGUUUGAAUUCACUGCCGAACCUAUUCUUCCCUGGUGGGAGGUAGCGCUACCAAUUAACAUGUUGCUAUCGGUUCUCAUAUUGAGUGCACUUCUGUGCACCCUGACAAGAGAAAAUGAGCAGAUUGAAGAAGAGGAAGACAUUCAAGGAUACGAGGGUAUCAGAAAAGUAAAAUGGCAUUUGGAUGAAGAGAUACUUGUCGAGGCAAAAAAAAUUUUCAAGACUGAAAAUUUGAGUUCUCCCACACAGGGAAAGGUGAGUAAUUGAAA